CCCGGUUGGAAGGGUACGGGGUCGAUCCACGACAGCGAUUCUUCCACGCGUGAGCUCGUCUCCAGUGGGACUUACAGUGCGCACGUUUACUGGAAGCCGUGUUUUUUUUUUAACUACAGUUCAUUGUUUUACGAGUUUUCCCGUACAGAGUAGGAAUAGAAAGCACAACAAGGGUCGGAGCACGUCAUUCUCAGUGCUAACUGUUGCGCCUACGGUCACGCUCACGGUGCUCUCGGCUCUCUGAGCAAGUUUCUUUUUUAGUUAUUACUUAUUACUUAUAACUAUUUUCUUUCUGAUCACUGAUCAGUUUUGUGUCAGAUGUUGUCUUACUUAUUAUAUCAGUAAAACACAGCCUGAAGUGGACCUCAGUGGACGGACUCAGCAACCAGCCGCCCAGCAGAGGGAGAGAGACGCAGAGAGAGAAGUAGGAAGACGCAUAACAAAUUACUCCACAAGACACCUCUUCAGAAACACUUCACAGCAGUCUAAAUGCUUGAGGAAACUUCCCCAUUAAAAGUUUUCACACAGCCAGACAAUCGCAGCAGCUCCGAACUCUCUAGUGACACUCCCAACUCAAGCUGCAAGUGAACACUCCAACCAUGCAGUUGCUUCCUAUUGCGUGGAGUGUGUGCAGGUGCUCGAGCAGUCUCCCAGUCCUUACAUAUUGCAUUCCUGCUCCUGCAGCUCUGCACAGCAAGGUCUCUUCCGCCCAGUAGGAACACCAGUCAGAGCUCAGAUCAGCAGCAGCAGCAGCUGUUGCGAGGAAAAGCGAGUGAAAUCUGAGGGGCGAGUCAAGAGGAGAGAAGAGCAGUUGUUGAAAGGAGGGAGUCAAGAGUGACGAAGAGGACAGGCGGCCAAGGAGCUGAGCAGGAUGGGUAAACAGAACAGCAAGCUGCGACCUGAGGUCCUCAACGAUCUACGGGAGAACACAGAGUUUACAGAUCAUGAGCUGCAGGAGUGGUACAAGGGCUUUCUGAAGGACUGCCCCACGGGGCAUCUGACUGUAGACGAGUUCAAGAAGAUCUAUGCCAACUUCUUCCCCUAUGGUGAUGCCUCUAAGUUCGCCGAGCACGUCUUCCGCACCUUCGAUACCAACGGAGAUGGCACGAUUGAUUUCCGGGAGUUCAUCAUCGCACUUAGUGUGACAUCGCGUGGCAAGCUGGAGCAGAAGCUCAAGUGGGCCUUCAGCAUGUAUGACCUGGAUGGCAAUGGCUACAUCAGCCGAGCAGAGAUGCUGGAGAUUGUGCAGGCAAUUUACAAAAUGGUGUCUUCGGUGAUGAAGAUGCCAGAGGAUGAAUCCACCCCAGAGAAGCGAACGGACAAGAUCUUCAGACAGAUGGACACUAACAACGAUGGUAAGCUCUCGUUGGAGGAGUUCAUCAAAGGUGCCAAGAGCGACCCGUCUAUCGUCCGACUACUGCAGUGUGACCCCAGCAGCGCCAGCCAAUUCUGAGCAGACACCCCCACCCGGCCAACCCACUCCUUUACAACCAUUUUCGUGCCGCCCGUGGCAUCUCGCCCGUAGAGCAACUCAUUAUUGCAGCGCCUAUAACGGACAUUUCUCAUUUUGAACACUUACCCCUGUUACGUUCCGUCAUUAAGGCUGCAGUUCCUCCUCAGUCCAUGGAAGGAUAUUUAAGUGUUGAUUAUAACCACCAUUUCAGUUGUAGUGGAUGCUGAGUAUGGAUGGAUGGAUGGAUGUAUGUAAAUAUAUUAACAUGCUGUUCUGUGCAGACACAACACUGUUACUGGAGGCCUGGGUCACCCGCAUGUUGUGUUUGUCGCUUGGAGCGCUGUCCAAGGUGCCGUGUCCGCAGUGCAGUCGCUAACAGAAUCAGCUGAGGAAAACACCCACGCCUCUCACAUGUGGCUGAAUGUAGUUUAAACUUUGCAGAUGGGUUUGUUCAUCCUCCUUUGUGACGGCAUGGCUUAUAGGUGUGCUGUGGCUGGUGUUGAGUUCAUAGUGACAUGAUUAAAAGGUGUAGUUCAUGCAGUUGUAAUCGUAAAAGGUGCAGCUGAAGAAACAGCCUCCCGAUCGUCCCAUUCCUCUUGAAUUUCUCAGAGACAAGUGCCGUUUUUGGUAUGUGAUGUUCCUCGCACCCCAAGAGCUGCAUGCGUGGUGGUGCUUGCCCUCCCCAUCUCCCAGCAGCCCCGCGUGGUCAGUCUCACGCUAGACAACUGGGGGCAGUCCCUGCUUUAAUGACAGAUGACAGUGUGGCAGUGACCAGUGCAAAGCCAUUUCUCUGAUGAAACGUGUGUGUGGGUCCUGGGGGAGGGGGACGAUGGAGGUUGAGCCAUACAAUGACUGAACAAUGAAAUGUGUGUGCUCCCUUUGCUCCGACCCCACCUCCUUCCAGUGCACGCACAGCAAGAACCUGCACAUUUUAGCGUUACCGAUAUUUUUAGCCGCUUACCGCUAA